AUGGGCGGCAUUCGGUCACUUUACCAUUCCCCAGCGCUUUAUCGGUUUUCUCUAUUUUCAAAAAAUGUUCCAGCACCUUUUUCGCGAUGUUCGGAUUCCAGGAACAAGCUCGACGUUGCGACCUGUCGUUCCCAAUUUCCGCUCCACUGUGCUCCACCCUCGGCAGCCGGCCUCGCUGCUUUUAGCGUCCCACACGCCAGCUUUUCUUUUUCAGGAACUGUGACGCGGUUCGGCCCGUUGCCUGAUGCAAGUGCUACGCGCCUGCUGACAGCUAGCGAACGAAUCGCGGCUUUUGGAUGGCGUUUGGGUCAGGAACGGGGCGGGUAG